AACAGAGUAUUGCCCAACAUAAACACCUAGGGGAUAUUCCAAAGCGGGAAGAACCCGGUAGAUUGUUUAAUUCAGACCUAAUGAAAAAAAAAAUAAUAAUUAAUAAAAAAAUAAGACAUGCAAAGAAGCUUCUGCUGUGAAAUUUAUGUAGAUUUAAUUUGGGUCUUGAUAGGAUUUUUGCCUAACUAUAGAACAAUGCUCACCACUUUUCCAGGUCACUACCUACAUAAUCUGGCACAGGAAGGACAGCACGUGCGCUAAGGGGAAUUAAAUGAAUAUCGUUUCAUUUCCCUGUCGAUCAAGGAGUUUACUCAUGAUGAGGUCAUUGCGUCAACGAGUAGCCUACAGGCAACGUCGUGUAAGCUAUAAAGUAAUGACAAAUGUUAUGACUGGGAAAGUGACGUCACUGGGCUCAUAAAUUGCCAUGUGAGAGCUGAAGAUACUCCAUUGACUCUGAAGCAGCACGGAAGUAAACGAGAUGAUCUGGACCAUUUUCCUGCUCGUCCAAGCUCUUCUGCUUUAUUUUAUUCUCACACACAGAUCGAGAUCAAAGAGUGAUCCACCUUUAGACAAAGGUGUUAUCCCAUGGUUAGGCCAUGCACUUGAGUUUGGAAAAGAUGCGUCUAAGUUCUUGAAUCGAAUGAAGCUGAAACAUGGCGAUAUUUUCACAGUGCGUGUUGCUGGACGUUAUGUGACGGUGCUGCUGGAUCCGCACUCGUACGACACGGUCAUCAAUGACUCGGACUCCCUGGACUUUACUCGCUACGCACAGGUGCUCAUGGAGAGGAUCUUCAACCUGCGGCUCCCGCAUCACCAGCCGGCUAAUGCAAAAGAGAUGAUGAAAAAACACUUCAUGGGAAUGAAUUUGACCACCCUGAACAGCACCAUGAGCAGACACCUGCAGGCCUCGCUGAAAGCCGAGAUGCCUCAGAACCAGAAAGACUGGAAAGAAGAGGGAUUGUUCAACCUCUCCUACAGCUUACUUUUCAAGGCGGGGUACCUGUCACUGUUCGGUGGGGAACAGAACAACAACAGCACAGAUCCCUCAAGCGUCUACAAGGAGUACAAGAAGUUUGACGGCCUCUUGACCAAAAUGGCGAGAGGCACACUAAAGCCAGAGGAGAAGAGGACGGCCCAGAGUGUUCGGCAGAGACUGUGGGAACUUCUGGCUCCAGCAGGUCUGAUUGAGGAGGCGGGGUCGAGCCCUUGGCUUCACGCCUACAGGAGGCUGCUGCGAGAGGAGGGGGCCGAUGAAGAGACGCAAAAGAAAGCUGUGCUGAUGCAACUCUGGGCCACACAGGGUAAUGUUGGUCCUGCUGCGUUUUGGCUGUUGGGCUACUUAUUGACAAAUCCUGAAGCUCUGACAGCUGUGAAGAGGGAGUUCAGCGUGAUCUCACCGAUGGGAACCUCAGAGACCUCAUUACUGGACAGACCGGUGAACACCCCUGUGUUUGAUAGCGUCUUGGAAGAGACCCUUAGACUCACUGCUGCCCCCUUCAUCACCAGAGAGGUAGUGCAGGAAAAGACCCUCCACAUGGCUGAUGGCCAACAGUACCUGCUAAGGAAAGGAGACCGGGUGUGUUUGUUCCCCUUCAACAGCCCUCAAAUGGACCCCGAGAUUCACCACGAGCCACAGAAAUACAAGUACGAUCGCUUCCUGAAUGAAUAUGGAUCAGUGAAGAGAGACUUUUAUAAAGGAGGGAGGCGUCUGAAAUAUUACACCAUGCCAUGGGGCGCAGGGACCAAUGGCUGCGUAGGACAGCAGUUUGCCAUCAAUACCAUCAGACAGUUUGUUUACAUGGUGUUGACUAACUACCAUUUGGAGCUGUGUGACCCAAAUGCUCAGAUGCCGGAGGCAAACGCCAGUCGUUAUGGAUUUGGGAUGCUUCAACCAGAGGGAGACUUGCUUGUCCGAUACAAACCUAGAAAUACGCACUAAGACUUUAGAAACAAGCAAAACACAUUUAUUUUAAGUACAUUUCAACAGAUAUACAUUGUUUAUAGUGUCAAUAUGCCCUUUGUACUUUUGUAUUCUCUAUUUAUAUUAUACAGUAUAUCAUAUUUUGUUAUUUAUCAAUAAAUGUAAAUAAUGCAUUGUGUACAAUUUUGCGUUGUGAAGUUUCUUUGAGUUUUUUGGGUUAAAUGAUUGGUGAGUCCAUUACAGUCGUAUAAACGUUUGUGCUGCAUCCCCCAUUAUUAUUAUUAUUAUUAUUAUUAUUAUUAUUAUUAUUAUUUUGUGAGUAAAACU